GUUAAGCCACGCCUCGUGGAGUGUAUCCAUGGUCAGGGAGGGCUUUCAUGAAGGAAUCAAUGGGAUGCGCGUUCUUGUGAAUGCAGGAAUGCCCACAUGCAGGAACUCCUCAACUUGCGGCCGCAAUCACACACUAUCUGCCUGCGCAUGAAACCCUGCUGCCUCCCUGGGGAAUAAUAUCGCGUGGUUUGAUUGGUUGCUGGAUUUGGAACAAAUCUGCCGAAAAUAAGAGUGAUUUAGGCUGCUUGCUGAAAGAAGCAUGUGAGACUAGACAUCUAAGAGGUAGAGCAACUUGCAGGUGUGCGGUUAUAUGCGGGAUAUUGAGAACGUGGUGUUGCUGUUAGCAGUAGGAGGUUAGGUGAUGGUGCAGAGGCUUCAAUCCGUUCUGACCCUCUACCUGUCAGGAGUGUUGGCUUUCCUAGGCCUGUGGUGGUACAUCUAUCGGAAGAAAGAAUACCAUCUCACUGACAAGGAUGACGCAAAUGAUGACACGACCGCAGACCAGGAGCACCUGUCCUCCCCCAGAGACGUAGGUAACUGUGUUGUGGAGAACGGCCACUCGACUGGGAUGCAUCUGGACGGGCACGCAGUGAGGGAGCGGUCAUUAGUGGAACAGGAGCUUGUUGAUAUUACAAACACCCCAGCAGCAGCAGAGCAGGGUAUAGUCCCACUCUGCCAAUCACAACCUGAGGUAAGGGUUGUGGCUGCAGACGGUCUCAUUAGUGGCCUGGUUACUGCUGCUGUGAAGCCUGUUUACGAGAGCACUGAGUCUUCAGCUCAAGUGUUCCUAGAGACUGCAGCUGAGGGUGGACCUGAGCAGGAUCUAGAAUUACAAUGGGAACACCAGCCAUGUGUGCCAUCAGCCAUGCGUGCCACCAGCCAUGAGUCAACUUGCUCCUUAUCAAUCUGUGAUCUAGGCUCUGGUAAAUCGAAGUCCGUCGGUGAAAGUGCAGGUCUAAAUCAACCACCACAGUCUGAGACACUGGAGGACAUUACAAACAGCACUUUGAACCUGGAGCCUGCAGAGGAGGUGGAGGUGGUUAGACUGGAGCCUGCAGUGGAGGUGGUUAGACUGGAGCCUGCAGUGGAGGUGGUUAGACUGGAGCCUGCAGUGGAGGUGGUUAGACUGGAGCCUGCAGUGGAGGUGGUUAGACUGGAGCCUGCAGUGGAGGUGGUUAGACUGGAGCCUGCAGUGGAGGUGGUUAGACUGGAGCCUGCAGUGGAGGUGGUUAGACUGGAGCCUGCAGUGGAGGUGGUUAGACUGGAGCCUGCAGUGGAGGUGGUUAGACUGGAGCCUGCAGUGGAGGUGGUUAGACUGGAGCCUGCAGUGGAGGUGGUUAGACUGGAGCCUGCAGAGGAGGAGGUUAGACUGGAGCCUGCAGAGGAGGAGGUUAGACUGGAGCCUGCAGAGGAGGAGGUUAGACUGGAGCCUGCAGAGGAGGAGGUUAGACUGGAGCCUGCAGAGGAGGAGGUUAGACUGGAGCCUGCAGAGGAGGAGGUUAGACUGGAGCCUGCAGAGGAGGAGGUUAGACUGGAGCCUGCAGAGGAGGUUGUUAGACUGGAGCCUGCAGAGGAGGAGGAGGUUAGACUGGAGCCUGCAGAAGAGGAGGAGGUUAGACUGGAGCCUGCAGAGGAGGAGGAGGUUAGACUGGAGCCUGCAGAGGAGGAGGAGGUUAGACUGGAGCCUGCAGAGGAGGAGGAGGUUAGACUGGAGCUUGCAGAGGAGGAGGAGGUUAGACUGGAGCUUGCAGAGGAGGAGGAGGUUAGACUGGAGCUUGCAGAGGAGGAGGAGGUUAGACUGGAGCUUGCAGAGGAGGAGGAGGAGGUUAGACUGGAGCCUGCAGAGGAGGAGGAGGAGGUUAGACUGGAGCCUGCAGAGGAGGAGGAGGAGGUUAGACUGGAGCCUGCAGAGGAGGAGGAGGAGGUUAGACUGGAGCCUGCAGAGGAGGAGGAGGAGGUUAGACUGGAGCCUGCAGAGGAGGAGGAGGAGGUUAGACUGGAGCCUGCGGCGGAGGAGGUUAGACUGGGGCCUGCGGAGGAGGUUAGACUGGGGCCUGCGGUUAGACUGGGGCCUGCGGCGGGGGAGGUUAGACUGGGGCCUGCGGCGGGGGAGGUUAGACUGGGGCCUGCGGCGGGGGAGGUUAGACUGGGGCCUGCGGCGGGGGAGGUUAGACUGGAGCCUGCGGAGGGGGUGGUUAGACUGGAGCCAGAGGGAGACAUCCUGUCUGCUGUGGAAGAACCAACCUGUGAGUCAAGUCUACAGGCUGACACCUGUCUGGCUUCCCCCAGCCACCUUAUAACCAGUCGGGUGUCUGCCUCAAAGCUGCCAUUGGGAAUUUUGAGGUCACCUCAGAAGAAAGAGUCUGAGGAAUGUAAAUUCAGCAGGAGAAACACCACAGAAAUUAACCAGCUGGUGUCAGGUCUCAUCACUGAUGUGGUCUCCGCAGCAGUGAGUCAAUUCCUGAAGGAAAAGACCCAGCUAGGACAUAGUGUUAGUCCUCUCCGUAGCGGGGACCCCUGCAAAGCCCCAGACCAUAUCUCAAUGGAUAACAGUGAGCAUGAGAUGCCACCUCUAUUCCAAGAGGAUCCGUGUUCAACAACCGGCAGAGAGAACAUCAGUUCAUCUCCUAUAGUUCAGGAGGACGUGAAACACGACCACAGCAGUAGAGCUGAGAUUCAGAUGGAGAAGAUUGAGCUAGCAGAAGAAGAUUCUGCAGUAGAUGAUUCUGGAUCCAGCUCUGGUCAGACCGAAAAGGUCUCCAGUGGCAAGGAGUUGAGCACCAGUAUGAGCCCACAACCACCCAGAGGACCUGCUGAAGGACUGGGGGCCACCAGCAUGUUCCUCACUAACGGUUGGUGGAUUGCGAAUGUUCCAGGCUCUGGUGUGAACAACAUGGACUGUGUAGACGGUUACUGUCAACAUGAAGCCAAGGACAACAAGCAUAGCAGUCCCAGUCUACCAAGUCAGCUACUGAACACCAAUCAGGCAAUUGAAAAAUACAACCAAAGUCACAACAGCAGCCAGUCACCGACUGUUUGGGAGAUAGAGGUGCCAAAGCAUUUUGUUGGUAGAUUGAUUGGGAAGAAGGGGCGACAUGUGAACUACCUGAAGGAGACGUCUGGAGCUAAGGUCUUCAUCACCGCCCUACCUUACACCCAGGAGUUCCAGAUCUGCCACAUAGAGGGGUCAGAGAAACAGGUGGAUUGUGCUCUGGAGCUGAUAAGGAAAAAGUUCAAAGAUCUAGAUGUGACCAACUGUUACGUCCAACCUCCAGUGGCCAGCCUUCCCUCUCUCUCCAUCACAUCCUGGCUGCUGCUUCCCCAUAGGGUUACAGUUGAGGUAACGGUGAUCCAGGUCACAUCUGGGAACUCUGUGUUCCUCCAGCAGCACAAACACCCCACCUUCCAUGCUCUCUGCAGUCUGGACCAAAAUAUGAGCCUGUGCUACUCUCACCCAGGGUGCCCUCCCCUGCCGUCCCCAGUGGAAGUUGGAGUGAUCUGUGCUGCCCAGAUGCCUGAGGGAGCCUGGUGGAGAGCGCAGGUGAUGGGUCACCAUGAAGAAACCAUGGUGGAACUCCGCUAUGUGGACUAUGGAGGCUAUGAUAUAGUGAAGAUGGACACCCUCCGCCAGAUCAGAUCUGACUUCGUUGCGUUGCCGUUCCAAGGGUCUGAGGUGAUCCUGGAAAAUAUUGCACCCAUUCCAGAUUUUUCAGCUGCAGCCAAAUCUGCUCUGGAGGAGAUGACACGAGGAUUGGCACUACUUGCACAGGUCACAAACUGUCACACCAGUGGCAUUCCUUUGGUACAGAUAUGGAGAACAGAAGGAGAAGAGUUGGUGUCUGUGAACCGUGCUAUGGUGGAUAAUGGACUGUGCAGCUGGGUAGACAGCCCCUGACCGUGAAGCGCAAUCCUGGCUGUUCAGAUAGUUUUAAUACCUCCUUCCUCCCUUGUGAGGUAAGCACAGAUCUAUAAGUGAUUGGAUAGGUGUAAGUUUACCACCCUAUUUCUUUCACCAAUCCAGAUCUGUGAUUACCUCACAGUAGCUAGGAAGGAACAAUGGAUUUCUGAAGUAUUCAAACGGGGCCCUUGCCUUGUCUUUCACCUUUUUACCCCCUCAGUCCCACCUCUGGACUACUGCCUUGAUGGCAUAACAAUGUUGUCCUUCAGCACAACGUCUUCCUGCUCAACUCAACCAUUAUACCUGUUUCUUUACAACCAUGUACACACAAUCCAAGUAAUUUAUUUUGUGAAGUUUUAUUUACUCCCACCCGGUCCUAUAAAUGUUUGUAUUGGACACAUAAUGUAAUCAUAAUUAACAAUCUCACUUAACCCCCACACACACACACUGAAUACUAUUUUGUUUUUAAUGUAUACAUUUCUAUUAAGAAACUAAAUAAAGAUCAACUGUCCUUACGGACGUCUCCUCUUU